AUGGAAUCACAUAGCAGAGACUCCAGUGAUGUGUCUGGAGGCACGAGCCACUACUCUGUCUCUAGAUCCUCCGGACAUGUGCAAUCUCAUUCCAAGGCCUCGUCGACCAAAUCAGCACAUGAUGCUUUUUCGUUCCGUUCACGGUCUCCCGUUGCAGCAGUUGAAAAAGAGUUUCAACAAGUAGGUUCCUCUUUGGGAGCAGCCAGUUCCUCGAGUCUUCGAAGCGGAGGCCGCCCGGUUAUGGCUACCCCUGAGUUCAAUACUCCCCCUAGGAGUGCAGACUCGGACUACUCAACCCCCUCGCAGGCUGAGUCUCACACUGGCUCGCAGUCUUCGGACUUUGCCCACUUUCAAAAACCUCGGAUGAACAUUGUAAAUGCUCCUCCCGGAACAAGAGCAUCAAUGAUGUCCCACUACUCUGGUGUCAUUCAGGAUGCUGACACAGACACGAUCAGGUAUGUGGUGGACCCAGCGAACGCCGAAAAAGGCACGGUUGUCCCCUCUUUUGUGACGACCAGAAAGACUAGUAUGGCUGGUGUUUCCGAUAUCAGUAUCCAUUCCGCAGAGACAGAAAAUACUGCGCAGGCUAAUCCCAGACUUUCGAUGAUCAGCUCGCAUACCGACAGAGGAUACGAGUCGCCAGUGGUGGACACGGAACCGCUAAUGCUGGAAACGGUUCAGGUUGAAACUGGAGAAGUUCCCAGACCCCCUGAUCGUACGCAACUGACGAAUUUGGAGAUCGCCAUACCAGCCAGAUCGGCAAAAAGGCCCCAGAGCAUUGCGUCACCAGUGUUGGGUCCCGAGAAGACUUUAUCGAGUUCGCCGGUGAGGCCAUUGCCCUCUAUCCCUGUGCACCAGCAAGAGGUGUCCGGUGACUUGCUCAGAAGAUUGUCAAUGAUUUCUGUUGAUCACGAUGACAAGCCUAAGCCAACCUUAUCUAAUUUGGAUACGCCUACUGAACCAUUGAGCAGACAUGUCUUGAGGUCGCAUUCUCGCCAAUCGUCUGCAUAUGCAAGCAACAGCUGGGCUCCUCCCCAACUCCAACGUCCAAUCACAGACUCGGCCUCGACUUUCGAUAACGACAACCAAUCGUAUCAUACUGCAGAGUUGGCAAUAUCUGAGACCCACGACAGUCCAACGACACCUAAGUACGGGGACCAAGGAUCGGUUUCCAGCGGAACUUCCCAUGGCACCUCAAGAGAGCCAGUCACGCCGAAGAUGUCUGGUGACGAAUACGAAGACAUUGAUGUUACUCAGACGGCAGGAAUUGCUGCUGAGGAUCCUCCAAGUACCAAGUCAAAGAGAACAAAGAGGAAGAAGACGCGUGGAAGCAGCUCCAGUAGACCCAAUUCGUUCUCCUAUGAUACGCUUGCUCGUCUACUGAGUGCUACCGAUGGCAUAGUGAUAGGCCAGGAAUUUGCCCAUUUGAGCCUUCCCAACCACGAAAAGUUCCUGCUGGAGCAGGUGGUGGAUUCUCUAGGAAGAUUGAGCGCAGGUAUGUUCAUCAACCCUUCCAGAUAUGAUCAGGGCUGUAAGAGACUGCAGAGAGUGCUCGAUGUGCUAGAGGGUUUCGAAGAUAACUACUGA